UCAUCUAACAGACUUAACAUGAGGAACAUCAUUGCCUUGGCUGUCCUGGCUGGCCUUAUAGCGCUUGUUGCCAGUGAAUCGUGCCUUUUGAGUACGGCAUCUUGUAACCACGAGACUUGUACUGGCACUGGAUGGAACGUACACUGCGUGAACCGAGUCUGCACGUGCUUGCAAGACACAGGUAACAGAUGUACAGCUGCGGGGGACUGCAACUGUGACAACGGAAGAACUCCACAUUGCAUUGACGGACACUGCAGAUGCGGAUUCGGCGGAGGCCGUUAAACCAAUCACUAUUUGAUGUAAACAUAAGGAAAUAAAAUGAAUUCCGUUUA